AGCGGAAGUUACAGACUUAUUUAAAGCCUCUCUCGGUAAACAGACCGGGUCAUGGCGGUGUCCCAGGUGUCCCCGGGUCUGUACCUCAGCGGGCUGGACCCGGCCCUGAACGCCGGCGUCCUCCACAGCCGGAGCAUCACGCUGAUCGUUAACGCCAGCGGCCUGGAGGACGUGUCCUACCCGCCGCUGGACGGCCUGAGUGUCCUCCACGUCCCCGUCCAGGACCGUCCCCACGCCCCCCUCGGACGGUACUUUGACCUGGUGGCUGAACGGAUCAACCAGAACCAGACGGGGGGGACUCUGGUCCACUGCACCGCCGGCAGGAGCCGAUCCCCCGCCCUGAUCAUGGCCUACCUGAUGAGGUCAGUUAUUAUGGAAAAGAUCCCAACACAACCCACCAGACUCCAU